AUGUACGGGGCGGGCGGGGAGCCGUACCUCAUUGACCCGUCCUCGUACUACGGCCACCGCGAGGUCGACAUCGCCAUGACACGGCUGUUUGGCGGCUUCGGCGACGAAUUCUACGCGGCGUACGAGGAGGCACUGCCGCUGGAGCCGGGACACGCAUCGCGGGUGCAGUGGUACCAGCUGCUGCCGCUGCUGUGCCACCUCAACCUCUUCGGCGAGACGUACGGGGCCUCCGUUGACGCCGCAAUGGCACACGCAUAUGAGGCGCCCUAG